AUGGUCCGAGUCGAACGCGGCCGUUCCGGACGAGAAUUGAAAGGACUAAGAGGAGAAUGUGAAAUACAGCGAAAUCUUAAACAUCCAAACAUUAUUCGUAUGCUGGACUCAUUCGAAACACACAAUGAAAUUGUAGUCGUAACGGAAUAUGCUAAAACAGACUUGCAUAGUUUACUACGCGCUGGAUCACUAGAAGAGGAAAAAACGCAACGUAUCACAUUUAAUCUUGUAUCUGCAUUAUACUACCUUCAUUCACAUCGGAUACUGCAUCGUGAUUUAAAACCACAAAACAUUCUUUUGGACCGGAAAAUGUGUGCAAAAUUAUGUGAUUUCGGAUUCGCUCGAAACAUGACAAUGGGUACCCAUGUUCUGACAUCGUUUAAAGGGACACCUCUUUACAUGGCCCCUGAGCUUUUGGAGGCAAAACCAUACGAUCACCACGCUGAUUUGUGGUCAUUAGGAUGUAUUAUCUACGAGAUGCUUGCCGGUGAACCACCAUUUAGUUCUACUUCGAUGAUACAUUUAGUACGACUUAUUCGCAACCAGUACAUCAAAUGGCCGAGUUAUCUAUCAAGCAAUUGUAUUUCAUUUAUACAAGGUUUGCUUGAGCGUGAUCCCAGCAAGCGUAUGAGCUGGGCUACAAUUCUACAACAUCCAUUCGUAAAAGGCCAUAUUUUAACUUUAGAUGAAAAUGAUCCUCAUUCACCCUUCACGAAUUCUCUUACAGCACCGCAAUCAAGGGAAAAAAAUAAUCAAUUGACAAAUAUAAUGGAAAGCACUAAGAUAUGGCAAAAUAUAUCCAAUGAGGAAGAUUUGACUACCUCUAAAGAUAGCAUUAAAGUAAUACUUCAGAGCGAUUUUGAAUAUCAAGAAACAGAUACGGACGACUGUACCACUAAUGUACCGUUAGAAAAUUGCCUUUUUAGCUCAUUAUCAAACGCAGCUAAUCGAAACGAAACAGUAUAUGGCAAAAGUGUCUAUGAAAUGACUGCUGACGAACAAAAAGUAAAGAAAAUUCAAUUGCUGGAAAAUUCGAAUCUCAUUGUUAACUGUUUUAACGAUAAUUUUCCCAUCAUAAGACUUAGUCCGUCACUACCACUGGCAUCAGUUACUGCUCCAAAUAUCGACUUUUCGCAACUUCAGACACCAAGAGAAUAUGUUAAGCAACAUGUACGAUCACAUGAACUAGGGAUGCGAAAAUUAAGCCAAAGCAUUGACAAUUUUUCAAUGCGUAUUGAAUCAGAACUGCAUGCAUCUAAUCGUAAUUCUAUCGCGUUUGGAAUGUCCUAUAUUUCUAUAACAGCAAAAGAAGAAGAACACAAACGGAUUGAAAAAAACACACCAAGCCUGCUCCCAGGAUGGGACUCCUGCGACGAAUCACAAAAUCCUCCUAUCGAAAAUGAAGAAUGGCUUGCUUUUUUGCAACGUUCAAUACAAGAAGUAUUCGACGGAGAGUUAGAACCAUUGAAGCAGCAAAAUUUUGUAUGCAUUAUUGUAGCUCCGUUACGAAAUCGACGAGCAAGUGCAAAAGUCGUGGAAAAUGUGGCCCAUUUGCUGAGCCUUCCAUUAACAAUUAAUACGCCCCCAAUGAUUUUGAGAGACAUAGUCAAUGUUUAUGGCGAGCUGAAAUUAGUGCCAAAUCUUGUAUAUGCAUCAAAACUUUUAUGUAACAAAUUGUAUUAUGAAGACAGCUCCACUAGUGAAAGCCAACCUGGUAUAAAACCCAGUAGACAAUCGAUUUGUUCCAUUCGUCAACUUUCUGCAUUAGAUAACGACGAGAUAAAAACCUUAAUAGCCGUAUAUGAUCUAAUGUGUUAUCUUAUUCAUAUGGGAGAUAUAUUUUUGAACCAGUUUUGCGAUGCCAUUGAAAUUCUGGGGGCUAAAGAAUUAUUUGUUAAUUUAAUUGCCGUAGUGCACGUGAAUGAAGCGUACGUUCGAUUAGUUUGUUCAUUACUGGCUCUUUUGAACUGUGCGCUACGGGAACUUCCGGAAAAUGCAGAAAUAAUUGAGCAAAUAAUAUUUCAUGAAAAUGUAAAUUUUAUGACACUGUUGAAACAUGAUAAUGCUGUACUUCGACUUCGAACCUGCAUGCUACUACGUAUAUUGGCAAGAUUCAGCUGCUUAGCUUUGCAGAAACGUUGGACAAACGAUAUCAAACAUAACCUGGAAGAACUUAUUUUAGAUGAAAACUUAUAUGUUAAAAAGGAGGCUAUGCUUGCCAUUGAUGAAUUAAAAUAUCUUAGUUGUGUCGCCACUUAAAUGUGUUGAUUUAAGUCUAUUUUAAAAUUUAUGUGUAAACUCGUAAAAUAUUUGUCACCACUAUUAAGGAAACUCGAGAUACGGCUCUGUAUGAGAAAAAAAAUGUCUCGAAGGAAGGUGUAAGUCGAGAAAGUUGUUUGUCGAAUACAGGCGGUCCAUGAGAUACACUAUUAAUGAGGACCAAAAACGGCCGCAAAAAACCGUGUAUCUCGAAUUUUGGCGUAAGCCGAGUUCCUCAGUUUCUAGCUUAAAAAUUCAAAAUGAUAAUGGUAUAGUUUUGCUUGAAGUGAUAGGUUUCAGCUAGUAAAUUAUGUUUUUUUAUGUUUUUGUAUACAAUCCCGUCCGGCAAAAUGGGUGUCUGUUUUUGGUGAUUUGAGUACCGUCAUCCGUUAGCAGUUACUCUUAGAGGAAUGAGUUACACCCUCCAGCGAGCCCUCCUCCCACCCCACCCGGAACUGACAGUGCGCUAUACGGCUGCUGUUGUGUUUGUUUUCUUUCGAGCCAUGCUACCAACACAUCAAAAGCUUGUUAUUUAUUUUGUUUCUCGCUUUCUUUCAUGCCCGUUUGGCAAAGAGUAACUCAUUUUGAUGCCUGUCGCUACCCCUGGCCUUAGUUUUAAAAGAAUCAUGCGACACACUCGCACUCCACUACCCCAUCCCAUGGAAAAACGCUCCCACCAUCGAGGUGUUGACCAAAAUUUCGCUGUGUGCAUGAGACACACACUCGCACUCCUCCAACCCUCCACCCUCCAACCGAUCGCUCCCACCGUUGCGAAGAUGGGAGAAUUUUUGCUCUGAGCGUGAGACCCUGAAGCGCAGGAGAUGACACUAUGUUGCCAUAUACUUUGUGUUCUUCGCUCUCGUGCUGUGUUGAGAACGUUCGAAACUCAUCGCCAGAACGAAUGCAAGGUUCAUUUGGGAAGGAUCGGUGCCGGAAGAUGCAGCGAAAAUUAUGAAUAGUUAAUAGAAACGUGGUUAAUUAAAUCGUGAAA